AUGAAGAGCCCCAGUGUAUACUGUAUUUUUAAUAUUUCAGGUCGGAUAGGUGGUUGUGCUAAAGGCAAAGGUGGCUCAAUGCACAUGUAUGCCAAAAACUUCUAUGGUGGUAAUGGUAUUGUUGGUGCCCAGGUUCCUUUGGGAGCUGGUAUUGCUUUGGCAUGUAAAUACUUCGGGAAAGAUGAGAUUUGUGUGACAUUGUACGGUGAUGGUGCUGCAAAUCAGGGUCAAAUAUUUGAAACGUUUAAUAUGGCAGCCUUGUGGAAGCUGCCAUGUAUUUUUAUCUGUGAGAACAAUAGAUAUGGAAUGGGUACUUCUGUAGAGAGAGCUGCAGCCAGCACAGAUUAUUACAAAAGAGGAGACUUUAUUCCAGGUCUUAGGGUUGAUGGCAUGGAUGUUCUUGCUGUAAGAGAAGCUACAAAAUUUGCUGCCGACCACUGCCGAGGAGGAAAAGGCCCUAUUGUGAUGGAGCUACAAACAUAUCGUUAUCAUGGGCACAGUAUGAGUGACCCUGGAAUCAGUUACCGAACAAGAGAAGAAAUUCAAGAAGUAAGAAGCAAAAGUGAUCCUAUUACUCUCUUAAAGGACAGAAUGGUGAACAACAACUUAGCUAGUGUGGAGGAGCUCAAGGAGAUUGAUGUGGAAGUAAGAAAACAGAUUGAGGAUGCAGCACAGUUCGCCACCACUGAUCCAGAACCACCUCUGGAAGAAUUAGGCAAUUAUAUCUAUACUAAAGAGCCACCCUUUGAAGUGCGUGGUCCAAAUCAGUGGAUUAGGUACAAAUCUGUCGGCUAAGAAUUCUGAUUCAGCAACUAGUUAAACUGAUAGCAUAUUGGAGUUUAACUGUUACAUCUGUUCUAAGUGAUAAAAGCCAGAUAAGAUAAAUCAUAAAAUAAAUUUUAGGGAGGGGGGGGGAAAUGAGAAAUAAGGAAUUUUGAAAGAAAGUUGUGCAAGAAGUAAAUUAAACAAAGUUUAUUAAACUUCUGUUUGUUCUGUGUUGCUGUAUGAUGAAAAUUAGUUCAAAAUGGCAUUAUUAUUUACAUUAAUAAAAAAGUUUCAUCAAGA